AUGGAAUGGCCAGUACCUAAGUCAGUCAUAGAGGUGAGGAGUUUCUUGGGUUUUGCAGGUUACUACAGGAGAUUUGUACAAGAUUUCUCGAUUUUAGCUAAACAUUUAACCAAUCUCACAAAGAAGGCAACCAAAUAUCUAUGGACCGAAGAGUGUGAGGCGGAGUUCCAAGAGCUCAAGCGGAGAUUGACCACGGCACUGGUCUUGACGUUUCCCUCAGGAGAGGAGGGGUUUGAAGUGUAUAGCAACGCGUCUCAUAAAGGACAUGUAUGUGUUUUGAUGCAAAAUGGGAAUGUUAUAGUGUACGCGUCGCGACAGUUGAAGAUUCAUGAGGUUAACUACCUUACACAUGACUUAGAGCUAGCCGCAGUGGUAUUUGCCUUAAAGAUUUGGAGGCAUUAUUUAUAUGGGAUGAGAUGCAGGAUUUACACUGAUCCCGAUGCCCUGAGUAGGAAAUCUAGUCAUUCUUUGGGAGGUGUUUGGAUUGUGCCUGAUGAGCUAUGUAGAGAGUUUCAGCUGCUGAACCUAGAAGUAAAGAAUAGUGGUGAAGUUAGCCAGGAGGUAGCGUUGUAUACCUUGAGAAUCACACUAAGUAUCUUUGAUGAGAUAAGAGAGAAUCAACCUGGGGAUGUCAAGUUGGAGAGAGUGAAGGCAAAGAUGAUUGAUGGAAGGUGUGGGCCUUUUGAGAUUUAUGCCGACGGGAGCAUUAGGUACAAGAGACGCUGGUGUGUACCAAUGAAAUGUGAGGGGAUUAAGAAGAAAAUCAUGGAAGAAGGGCAUUGCACUCCUUACUCAGUACACCCCGGUGGGGACAAAUUGUAUGGAGAUCUUAAGAAGCACUUCUGGUGGCCAAAAAUGAAGAGAGAGAUAGCCGAGUUCGUGCAAAGAUGUCUAAAUUGUUAA